CGCUUGUUUUUGUCACGUUUUGAAUUGGAGCCACCAAUGCCAAAUAAAUUCAAUUAAUUCCGCCAAAUAAAUUCAAUAAUAAUAAUACACACCUGAUCUGAUCAUCUUGUUGCCCAUUUCAACAAUCAAAAACCAGCAAUCAUCCAUGGCUGCCCAACCCAAGAAAACCCUCUAUGAUUUCACAGUCAAGGAUGCUAAGGGUAACGAUGUAGACCUUAGCGUAUACAAGGGAAAAGUUGUACUUAUUGUUAACGUUGCGUCCAAGUGUGGGCUUACAAACAACAACUAUGAUGAACUGAAUCAGAUUUAUUUGAAGUACAAGGAGAAAGGUUUUGAGAUCUUGGCAUUUCCAUGCAACCAAUUUGGAGCUCAGGAACCAGGAACCAACGAAGAAAUUGUCGACUUCGUCUGCACCAAAUUCAAAUCAGAAUUUCCCAUCUUUGACAAGAUUGAUGUGAAUGGCGAGAACGCUGCACCUGUAUACGAGUUCUUGAAAACAGGGUUCUAUGGAAUUCUUGGGGGAGACAUUCAAUGGAACUUUUCCAAGUUCUUGGUUGAUAAAAACGGCCAACCUGUCGACCGCUACUAUCCCACAACUUCCCCUCUUACAGUCGAGAGAGACAUUCAGAAGCUCUUGGGUCUCCUCUAGAUUUCAAGAUUUGCAGAAACUGUUUUAAUGUGCAUCUUUCAUUUCAAGAAUGCCCCUAUGUUGAAUAAUGGCAUACUUAUCUUUCAUUUUCUGCUGUAUGGUUUAAACCUAUUUAAUAA